AUGGAAUUUGAUAAUGAACAAACUAAAAAUAAUAAAACAAUUAUUUUACAACGAUCAUGUCAAAAGAAAAAAAUUUAUUAUUUAGAUGAUAAUAAUAAUGAUUGUCUAACAGAUACUUUUAUUACAAUGUACAGAAGUUCUAUAUGGUGUAUAAAAUUCAUAUAUGAACUUUUUUUUGUAACACUUUGGCAAGUUUUAUCAUUUGCAAAAGAUGAAAUACAUUAUAGUCAAAAUGAUACUACUAAAUCGAAUAAAAGUCUAGAUAUUAUGUCUCUUAAUAAUUCUGCAAAAGAAAAUUAUUCUGAAAAAAUCUAUCGAAAACUUCCACGUCAUCAUUUAUCAAUGAUUGAAACAAAUAAUCAAGAAAGUUAUCAACAUCAAUUAUUGAAAAGUAAUUCAUGUGAAAAAAUUUCAUCAAAUAUAAAUUUACUUUCAAAUAACACACGUAUAACUGUUCGUUCAAUAUCAAAUCAAAAUUUAAAUCGAGCACAAUCAAAUCAUACACCUUCAACUGAACAGAAAAAUCGAAAUGAUACUUUAGGAGUAAUUAAUUCACAUGUUAUUGUAGCACCUGUACAUUCAUCACAUUGCCAAAAUAUAACAACAAAAAAUAAUUUUCGCGAACAAUUAGCUAAUACACUUUGCCAUUAUUCAUAUGAACCAAUAAGAUAUAUGAAGCGUGGAAUGUGUUGUGAACAUUGUCGACCAUUAUUCUUUCCGUAUGAACCUUGUUAUCGUUCAGAACAUUAUUUUACACCAUGUAUACCACAAAAACAAAUGAAUAGUCGAAGAGAAUUCUCUCAAAAAUCAAAACAAUCUCCACAAAUAGGAGAAACAAGUGAAAGUCAACCUACUCCAUAUUCAGGCAUGUCUUUAUCUCCGAGCGUUCAAUCACAUUUAACAAAGUCACCAGAAGAUGAACCAUUAUCGACUGGUACUAUUUCUCAUAAUGAAAAUAAUGAACAAAAUCCUUCAAUAUUAUCAUUUCCUGAUCAUGAUUCAUCUCCAUCACAAGAAUCAGAACAAUUUAUUGAUAAUGAUAAUCAAUUGAAAGUAGAUGCACAAAUAUUUGUUGAUGAAUCAAUUCAAAAUGCUCAAGAAAAAUAUCAAAGAAUUUUACGCAUGAGUAUUGAUCAAGAUCCACAAAACACUACAUUAGAUAUAGUUAAACCAACAAACUCUAAUAAACCGAAAUCAGUAGUAAUAUUAGAUGAAUCGAAUACACAAAAAUUAUCCAAUGAAAAUACAUUAUGUCAAGAACUUUGUAAUAAACUCAAUCUAUCAGAUUCCAAUCAAAUUACUGAAAUUAUUCAUAUACUUGCAUUAAAUGCACCACAUAUUCUCAAAGAACAAAAUUUAAAUAAAAAUAUUCUAAUAAAUAAUAUAAAUACAAGCAAAAAUAAUGAAAAUACUUUAUGUAAACAAUUAUUACUACAUCCACCAUUUAAACCAAAACGAUUGAUUCAUUUAUGUCCAGAUGGAAGUAUUCAAGUCUUAUCAGCAGUUGAUGAUAAUUCAAAUGAAAAUCAAAUAAUUAAUCAACAAUCACAUCAUCUCAAUUAUUCGAAUUCAGCAUUACCACCAUCAAUGCAACAAAAUCAUAUUUUUACAGGCAAAUUCUUUCAAUAUAUAUAUUUUUAUGAAUCUUCUCUUCCUUUGGAAUAUGAAACAACAGCAACAACAACACUUGAUUUAAAAACUAAUUCACAAUCUCAUUCGAAAAAUGAAAUUCACUUUGAUCAUUUAAUUAUAGAUAAUAAUUCAAUAGUAUCUCUUCAACAAAAAAAAACAAUAUUCAAAUAUGAUAGUUCAUUAGAAUACACAUCAAAAUAUCCGAGUGAACUUCAACUAAAUAGUAAUCAUUCAAAAAUUGUUUCGGAAGAUAAUGAUCCAAUAGUAAGGAUUAAUCUUGAUCUUCAAGAUGAAAUGAUGGAAUUAAAUAAUAAAGAUGAUGAAAAUUCUUUAUCAGAAAUAUUUUUCAAACGUAUUAUUGCACAGGAAAGUAAGUAUCUAUUUAUAAAUUAA